GGUGUCAUGAGGAGGGCGCAGCCUGGCUACGGUCGGAAGGCUACAAGCAAGUGUCUCGCACCUGCUCUGCUCUCUUUGGCAGAGAAUAUGUGAUGAUCUGAGGGUGCUUCAGCGAGGCUGGCAUUGGGCAGAUUCAUCUUUGCAAGUCACAUACAAAUUAUCUUGAAACGUUAUUCCCUCUACACUGCCAAUGUCUCCCAACUCUGAGGAUCUUUUCUAUUUGUUUGUGCUGGUUGUCCAAGCCUCAAAGCUCAAUCAAUUAGUGUGAGGAUGAAGGACCACAAGAAGACCCUGUCAUAGCCAGCCAAAUCCCUGGACCUGAACUCCGCGGAAAACCUCUGGAAUGUGAUGAUGAGGAAGAUGGAUGGUCACAAGCCUUCAAAGCUCAGCAGCAUGAACUCCUACACCAUGAGUGGAAUAAAGUCAUCCAAGAACAAUGUGAAAGACCGUUGUUCAAGUGAAUGUCAUUUUGAUUUCUUUGCAUUGUUUUAGGUCUGAAAACAUUGCACAUUUUGCGUUAGUUUGACUUUGCCAUUUUCCGGGAAAAAAAAGCUCUACAUGACUAUUUUAAUUAGCCUGAUAAACCAGCUUAAAUUGGCGUCCAGCGGGUGGCACUGGUUUAUUAUAUUUUAAUUUGAUUGGGAUGGAAUGUUGUCAGUUCAGAUUGCACAUAUCAUGACGCACUCUUGGAAGGCAAUUUGCAUGCAUUUAGCUGCUUAUUCAGUGACUUGGAGGUCCACUUGAACUCCAUUUGUGUUUUUAGCAACAAGAACCAUCUUAUCUACAAGGGAAAAAGUCAUCAGCUUUAACACAUAGCCUAAGAUUGACGCCUAACUGUUAUUCCCAUGAAACGAAACACGUGAUGAAUAGUUGUGAAUUGUUACUAAAAACGAGCUGUAUGCAUGUGGUCAAACAAUUAGGCUGUGAACCUUCAAGGCCUAUUUUAUUCCAAAUAAACACCUUGCGGAUUUACAGGACAAAAGGAAACAAUGGGAAUAUUAGAUUUAACCUAAACACCGGCCAGUUCAUCACUCACAACCACUGAUUUCUCCAUCAUCUAUUAUAUGUAGCUAUUACAGGCAAAUUUAAUUUAGUUCUAGACUCUAAAUUAGAGGCGAACUACCAAUAGGCUAUGCGUAAUUUCGUCUCUUCGCACCAGGUGACGCACUUGUGCCCAACUCUCUGCCCAUUGAUCGAGUUUACCCUACAGCUGAACAUAAAUAAAAGUUCAAGUACAAAACUCAUUAAAUAUAAUUUAGACCUUAGUCGUGAGCCAUGCCUCAAAUGAAAGUGGUGAAAAAGAGAAAUAUACGAAAUAUUUAUAGUAGUAGUAAUGUUAUGAAUCUGUGAUGGAGCUUUUGAGAGGAAAAAACUGCCUUGACCCCUUCUCCUUUUACUUCCGGUGGCGUUUAGCUGCCAUCUUCAAACGAGGGAAAAUCUAAAUUUAUAUUUGUUUAUUGUUGUUUCAAUUUGUGAGUUUAGAGAUCAACACAUAUAACAGAUGUUGAUAUAGAGUUACAACACAAAUACCUGCCAACGACAGAAGAAGAUGUCGCUGGUGGAUUUGGGGAAGCGGCUUCUGGACGCUGCACGGAAAGGAGAGGAUGACGAGGUGAGGACACUGAUGGCCAAUGGAGCGCCGUUUACCACAGACUGGCUUGGCACCUCUCCACUUCACCUGGCCGCGCAGCAUGGACACUACUCCACGGCAGAAGUGCUUCUCCGCGCAGGCGUCAGUCGGGACGCCCGUACCAAAGUGGACCGCACUCCUUUGCACAUGGCUGCCGCUGAAGGACACUCUGUUAUUGUUGAGCUGCUUGUCAGGAGUGGGGCAGACAUUAACGCCAAAGACAUGCUGAAGAUGACAGCACUGCAUUGGGCCGCACAGCACGGCCAUCACACUGUGGCAGAGAUGCUGCUGAAGCACGGAGCCGAUGCGCAUGCCCUCAGCAAGUUUGACAAAACGCCAUUUGACGUCGCCGUUGACAUCCAAAAUGCUCAGUUGAUACUGCUUUUACAGGAGGCGAUGCAGACUCAGGUGAACAUCAGUGCUGAGGCCGGUAUCCCUGGCGGUGGCUCCGCUGGGCCUCAGUUCAUCAUCCAGGGCAUCCCAGGGCUGCAAGGAGGCGUCAUGAACCUGGCGGGCCUCAUCAAGGGGGAGACGGAGGAGACCAUUGCAGCCAACACAUUGGACUCCAGCAUCCAACAAAUGGUCGGUGAGGGGGGUCAAAGGGUCAUCACCAUAGUAACAGAUCAGCACGGAAACCUACAGACAACUGGCGGCUUGUCACAGCCUUUCCUUGUGACUAUGCAAAAUGGACAGCAAGUGCUGGCGGUCACAUCCAAUCAAAUUGCAGAGGAGAUUGUGGAGGAGGAACCCCUGCCACCCCCGGCCAGGAAAAGAAAGAUGGAAAUCUCAGACAAUCACACACUGGAGGCUGAUGACACGGUGCUGCUGCAGCGUCAGCUCCAAGAGGCGAACCGUAAAGCUCAAGAGUACCGACAGCAGCUGCAGCGGAAGGAAGAGGAGGCGGAGCAGUAUCGCAUCAAACUGGAGGCCAUGAGCAAUGGCAGCAGUGGCCAUAGCAACGGCAUUGCAGUCCAUGCUGAGGAGGAGGAGGAAGAAGAGGAAGAGGGAGUGGGCAUUCCACAGGAGGUGGUGGUUGAGGAAGAGGAGGUGCUUGACGGCAGCACGGCACACGAUGAGGAGCAGCAGCAGGAGUUGCUGGUGCUGUCGGAGGAGGGGGAGGGGACGGUGAUCGUCAAGACAGAGGAGCUGGACACUGAGCAGCAGCUCACGUUUGUGGAAGUGUCUUCCUCCUCCUCCUAGUCCUCCUCACUCAGAGACCAGGGCCCUGUUUCUCAAAAGCAUCAACUUACUUGGUUGCAAUGCAAUUUUCCAUUGACAACCUACUAAGUUGCUAACUGGUUUCGAGAAACGGGGUCCUUUUGUCGUAGAUCCACUACUCAUGGACAGUCACAGGCCCACCGGUGAGGCGGUGUGUGUUUGGGGGCGGGUGACAGAAUUGGGUCCCCAUUACAUUGCAUGUAUUGAGAGGGGAGACCUUUCAGAUGAUCUUGUCCCAGGCCCGAAAAUAGCUGUCAGCGGGCCAUACAAAUCAAUGGAAAAAAGAAAGGAAAGCAAGAGAAGUUUCAAAGAGUAUUGUUUUUUUGUUUUUUUUUCUCCCUUAAUUUUUUUUUUUGCAGAGACAUGCUGUUUGUCUUUUGACGUCUUUAACAGGUUUUUUUAGUACCAGAAGUCUAGUGGUACAAUCACAGCUAAUACCACUAUAGUAAGGAUUAAAAGUAUUGUUAUUGCUGGAUUAGAUUAAAGAAAAAUAUUCGUUCCAUGGAAAUGUUGUACAAUUUCCGGUAAUUAAUUUGACAUUAGCUGUCUUUGCACCACUUGACCCCCACAUACUGUAUUUGCUUUUAAAAACGUCAAGGAUUCCACAAACCCACGGCAGUCGUGGACACUCGUAUAACCAAAUGGAUCAAUGGCAGGAAGGAAAGAUAGACAUUUUUUGAAAGAGUAAAGAGUUGUCUUUUUCCUUUUUUGUCAACUUAGUUUUAAACUUUACCCAUGGUGCCUCAGAUUUUCCUCCUUGAUAAUGGGUAGAUUCUAAUCUGCGGUCUUCCGUCCUCCCUUGCUCACUUGCCUGCUUAUGACCUCAUGAUGUGACUUACGACAGAAAAUUAAUUCAAUAUCUUGCAAAAUCACAAUUCUAAUGUCAUUUUCUCAUUUGCAAUUGAGAUUGUGAAUGAAAAACAGUCCCCCAAAAAUUGUUGUGGCUAGGCUGACAGCUGGGAAACUUUAUUUUUUUCUCCACGGAGGAGGGGCCAGGAGGCAGGACGAGGUCACAAGCACAAGUGGAGGACGGGAGUGUGCAUAUUGGAAUGCACUCUAUAUCUCUCCUCAGGGCCAACCAAAAGCUCUCAGCUCUCCACCUGCUAAUUGUGUCACUGCUAAGCCUUAUAAUGUUAAAGAGUCUAUUGUUCUUUGCUAUGAUGGUCUUUGCCAUCCCCCCCCCCCCCCCCCUAAAAAUGUUGUUCAGGUGAAAUCUCUUGUUUAUAAUGACCUGGUCCAAAAUGGCAAUGGAAAAUGGCAUUCUUAUUUUAUUGUCUGUUUUUUUAAAACUUUUUUUAAGGUAUAAUAAAAUGCAUUUGUGCACAAGAGGGGAACGCCAUGUCCAAAGUGCAUCAAAUAUGAAAUUACUUUGUAUUAAUAAACAGCCCAGGGCAUUUAAAAAAGAA